AUGAAAGGCAAGAGUCAUAUGGAAGGACUGAAAGAGAACGGUGAUGUGCGUCCGACGGACUCGGCUCCAAAGAAGGAUCCGAAACAGGGCGAGAUCGACAUCAAAGCCAAUCGUAUUGAGGAGGAGAUGCGAGAAAAUCAUCCGCUCUUCGAUCGGCCACUGUUUGCUGUUGGACGCGACUCACGUCUACGAAUUCUCUGUCAAAACAUUGUUUAUGCGCAGUAUUCACCUGAAAGGAUAGAUCCAGUCACUGGCAAGCAGAUCGUCCUGAAAUACAAGCAGCUACACGACUUCAUCGGUCUUAUGACGUACCUCGACUGGGCGAUGGUUUUCGUCACAUCGUUGUCGUGCUGGUCGAUGUUGUUCGAGAGCCCUUGGCCGACUACCGGAGAGAACCUCAUCUUCAACAACCCAUACUUGCAGGUCGAAAUUUUUCCAGUGUUAUCAACGCCUUGCUUAUUCAAGCACGAAUUCAACGUGUGCUCUUUUCAGAUCACCGAGUACCUCUACGUGGUCUCGAUGACCUUCGAACUGAUGGUGAAAGUGAUUGCAAACGGCCUGUUUUUCACUCCAAAAGCUGUUGUGAAGGAUGUCGGCGACAUCAUGACCUUCUUCAUAUAUUUCACAAGCGUGAUAUACCUGCUAUGGAUGCCGUCUCACGUGGAGAUCAACUCGUGGGCUCAACUGUUGAUGAUCAUGCGUGCCAUGCGACCACUUCGCAUCUAUACUCUUGUACCGCACAUCAGACGCGUUGUUGUCGAGCUUUGUCGCGGUUUCAAAGAGAUUCUUCUGGUCACAAUUUUGCUGAUAGUUCUAAUGUUUGUUUUCGCUAGCUUUGGAGUGCAAAUCGUUGGAGGAAAGCUGGCAGCAUGUAAUGAUCCAACAAUCACAGCACGAUGGGCAGUGCUGUUCAUUCAUAUCUACGUGUUCAUCGGAUGUAUGAUCGGACUGACGCUGUUCGUGGGUGUCGUCGUCGCGAAUUACACUGAAAACAGAGGCACUGCCCUUCUUACUGUUGACCAGCGACGUUGGCACGAUCUGAAAGCGAGGUUGAAGAUGGCACAGCCUCUGCACGUACCACCCAAACCGCCUGAAAGUGCCAAGUUGCGCAGUUAUCUCUACGAUCUUACCCUCAGCAGAGCCUUCAAACAGGUACAGCUACAUUUCAACGCUGAAGUGAAAAAGAAUAUGAUUCUGCUAAAAGCUGUCGCUUUUACUGUACGGGGUUUCUGGCAGUCGAGGCGAAAUCGUGGCGAUUUCUUUAUCACCAUGCUCGGUCUCACCUGGAUCGUUUUUCACUUUCUUUUCCAGGUGCCCGCCUACAUUGCAGGUGGUAUCAAUGAGUGGAAGAGGCUCACAUAUACCUUCGGCUAUAUGGUGGUCAUCCUUCGCUUCUUCACCAUCGCGGGACGAAAAUCAACGUUGAAAAUGCUGAUGUUGACGGUGUUGAUGUCGAUGGUCCGGUCACUAUUCAUUAUAGCCGCCAUGUUCCUAUUAGUACUUUUCUACGCAUACACCGGUGUAAUUCUUUUCGGCAUGGUCAAAUAUGGUCAGGCAGUCAGCAAACACGUCAACUUCCGCAAUGGCCGUGAGGCGCUGGUCGUUUUGUUCCGCUCCGUGACAGGAGAGGACUGGAAUGAUAUCAUGCACGAUUGUAUGGUGAGUGAUCUCAUGAUCCUCUUGAGCUCGGGUGAACUGUUGGUCCGAUACCAGUAA